GAGAGAGAGAGAGAACGAACCUUGAUGUGAGGGAGAGACAUAGAUUGGUUGCCUCCCACAUGUACCCCAACUGGGCCAGGGAACAAACCUGCAACCCAGGUUAUGCCCUUGACUGGGAAUCGAACCCAUGGCCCUUCGGUGUGCAGGCCAAUCCUCUAACCAUUGAGCAACACCAGCCAUGGCUAAUUUAAAAUUUUAAUUUAUUUUUAUUUAUAUUUUUUAUAGAUUUUAGAAGGAGGGGGGAAUAGAGAGAUACAUCAAUCAGUUACCUCCUAAUGCACCCUGACCUUAUAUUUAACCUGCAACCUGGGUAUGUGCCCUGACUGGGAAUCAAACCUGCCACCUUUUGAUGUACAGGACGACGCUCCAAGCAACUGAGCCACACUGGCCAGGGCUAAUUUUAUCUUUUUAAUAUGGAUUUGCCAAGUAGUUUAGCCUUUCUCCCCACAGAUUUAUAAUGCAGCUCUUGAGGUUUAUCAUAUUCUCACAAUAUACAUAUCUGUUUCUAGUUUCUCCUGGUUUCAUUUGUUGACUAACCAUACUAUACCACUGUGAUUUAAUAAUGAUUGCUUUAUAAUUAAAUCUUAAUAAUAUGUUUUUUUUCUUCAGGUGAAAACUAUUUUCCUUCCUUUGUUUAUUUUUGGGUCAGUUUCUAUGAAAAACUUGGAUUUUUAUUGUAUUUGCAUCAAAUUUAUAGAAUAAAUAUAUAGAUACAGAUAGAUAUAUGCUAAAUAGUGGAGCUGGGAUUUGAAUCUGGGUGUGCUCUAUUGUUUUUCAUAAAGUCUUGCUCAGCUUUCAUUAGAUCUUUUUCCAGAUACUGUGUAAUUUUUGUUGUGAAUAGGAUUUUUUUAUUUAGUUAUUUCUGUUAAGCAUCUAAGCUGAUGUAUAGGGAACACUAUGGACUUACAUGUAUUGAUAUAUAACCCCGCUGAACUCUCAUAUUACAAUAUUUCAUAGAUUUUGAGAUGUAGUUUCCUCCCUUAACAUUUUAACAUCUCUGAAAUCAAAAUAGAUCUUGAAUUGAUGGUGUCCUGAAAUCAAUGUUGUCCUGGUAGCAGUCAUGAUAUAGUUAUUGUUGCCUGCACAUGCACAAACUUGAUCAAGACUCUUCAUUUUGUCAUCACUUAAAUGAGUAUGUGCAUUGUUAUGUAGUUUUUCAUGCCAAACAAUACAACCUAAGGGAGGAGAAAUGGCGAAGUGGGUGUUUGACUGGAAAGAAAAUCCCAAAGAUAAUAAUGGAGCAUUUUAAGAAACGCUGCCUCACUAACACUCUUGGCAGAGGGCAAUAUUAUUAGGAAAGUUUGAAUAGUUUUGAGUAGAAAAGUAAUUCAUAGGACGCUGAAUGUGGAGUUUUAGGAGUACCCUACCAAUUUCUUUUGCUUCUAUUUUUUUUAUAUGCACAAAAUACAAAAAUAUGUCUAAGUCUAAAAUAAUUUUCUCUAAGUCUAAAAUGAAAAUUCUAGAUAAUAAUGUAUGGCAUUCCUUUAAUUGGCAGUGUUUUUUUCUUAGUUGUAUAUAAAAUAAGGAUGUUACUUAAAAUUGGUGGUAUCUUUAGAAUAAAUGAAAUGUGGGAGCAAUAACACUUUAAAAUUCUGUAUUUUCUAGGUAGUUGUGUGUGAAUGAGGUUUUAUUUUUCAUUCAUUUCGCCUCCUGUUUCUUUUUUCUUUUUGUUAAUCCUUACCUGAGGAUAUUUUUUUCCAUUGAUUUUUUUUUAGAGAGAAUGGAAGGUAAGGAGAGGUAGAGAGAGAGAGAUAGAAAGAGAAAUAUUGUGAGAGACACACAUGGAUUGGUUGCCCCUGGCAUGCGUGCAGACCUGGGUGGGGAUCGAACCUGCAACCCAGGUAUGUGCCCUUGACUGGGAAUGGAACCCACAACUCUUGGGUGUGUGUGCUGAUGCUCUAACCAUUUAAUCACACUGGCCAAGGCUCUUUUUUUUUUUUUUUUUUUAAUUGCAUUGACUACUGUCUCUAGCUCAGUGUUGAAUAAAAGCAUUGAUAACAGGCAUCCUUGUCUAGGUAAUUGAAUAGAGUGCUUCUAAUAUUUUAUCAUUAAGCAUGCUAUUGUAGUGGGGUUUUUUGGAUGGGGUAGAUGUUAUUUAUUACAUUCUCUUAUGCUUAUUUUAGAGUUUUCAUUGUGAACAGAAGUUGAUUUUUCUAAUGUGUUUGCUGGAUAUAUUGGUUUGAUGGGUCGCAUAGAUUUUCUUUUUUUAAAUUAAAAAAAUUUAAUUACAAUUGACAUUCAAUAUUGUAUUAGUUUCAGUCAGCUAUCUUUAGGAUGUAGAUUUUCUAUUUUAAAUUAUCUUUGGAUUUCCUGGAUUAUUGCUAUGUACUUUUCCUUUUUCAUGUCGGCUUUGUAUUGUUUUGAUAACAAACACGGUUAUGCUAACUUCAUAAGAUGAGUAUGGCAGUAUUUUUUCUUUUUGAAAUAAGUUUUACUUAAUACUCUGUUCUUGAAAGUUAGAAUUCAUCUGUGAAACUGCCUGGUGUCUUUUCUGUGAAUUGAUUUGAUUUAAGUUUCUUUGGUGGCGGUAAGUCUUUUUGACUUAUUUUUUUUAAAUUGAUUUGAGAGAGAGAGAGAAACAGAAGAAAUUUGUUGUUUCACUUAUUUAUGCAUUUAUUGGUUGAUUCUUGCAUGUGCAUUGACCGGGAGUUGAACUCGCAACCUUAGCAUAUCAGGAUGGUGAUAUCUAACCAACUGAGCUACGUGUUCAGGACUUGACUAUUCAGAAAAAUGUAACUUUUCAAUUAUAUUGGUAUAAGAUAUAGGUUUCUCUGACUUUAAAAUAUCUAAUUUGAUUAAUUUGUCCCUCUUUUUUUCAGCACUGCCAGUAACUUGCCUAUGUUAUUAAGACUUUUCAAAUAGUUCGUUUCUUUUAAAAAUAUAUAUUUUUUGUUGAUUUCAGAGAGAGGAAGGGAGAGAGAGAAACAUCAAUGAUGAGAGAGGCUCAUUGAUCGGCUGCCUUCAGCAUUACCCUCACCCCCAUUGGGGAUCGAGCCUGCAACCCAGGCAUGUGUCCUGACCGAGAAUCGAACCCUGACUUCCUGGUUCGUGGGUUGACAGCCACACCGGCCGGGCUCAAAUAGUUCUUAUUGACCCUUUGUGUUUCUGCUCAUUUGGAGCUGUGACUGAUGAAAAUUAAAGGCCAUGGAUGAAGAUGGACUUGAAUUACAACCACAAGAGCCAAACUCAUUUUUUGCUGCAACAGGAACUGAUGCUGCACACAUGGAUGGUGAUCAAAUUGUUGUGGAAGUUCAAGAAACCGUUUUUGUUUCAGAUGUUGUGGAUUCAGACAUAACUGUGCAUAACUUUGUUCCUGAUGACCCAGACUCAGUUGUAAUCCAAGAUGUUAUCGAGGACGUUGUUAUAGAAGAUGUUCAGUGCCCAGAUAUCAUGGAAGAAUCAGAUGUAUCUGAAACGGUCAUCAUUCCUGAGCAAGUGCUGGACUCAGAUGUAACUGAAGAAGUUUCUUUAGAACAUUGCACAGUCCCAGAUGAUGUUUUAGCUUCCGAUAUUACUUCAUCAAUGUCUAUACCAGAACACGUCUUGACAAGUGAAUCUAUACAUGUGUCUGACGUUGGACACGUUGAACACGUAGUUCAUGAUAGUGUAGUUGAGGCCGAAAUUGUCACUGAUCCUCUGACAACGGAUGUAGUUUCAGAAGAAGUGUUGGUAGCAGAUUGUGCCUCGGAAGCAGUCAUAGAUGCCAAUGGGAUCCCUGUGGACCAGCAAGAUGAUGACAAGAACAACUGUGAGGACUACCUUAUGAUUUCCUUGGAUGAUGCUGGCAAAAUAGAACAUGGUGGUUCCUCUGGAAUGACAGAGUCGGAAAUUGAUCCUUGUAAAGUGGAUGGUUCUUGCCCUGAAGUCAUCAAGGUGUACAUUUUUAAAGCUGACCCUGGAGAGGAUGACUUAGGUGGCACCGUAGACAUUGUGGAGAGCGAGCCUGAGAAUGACCAUGGAGUUGAACUACUUGAUCAGAAUAGCAGUAUUCGUGUGCCAAGGGAAAAGAUGGUUUAUAUGACUGUCAAUGACUCUCAGCAAGAAGAUGAAGACUUAAAUGUUGCUGAAAUUGCUGAUGAAGUUUAUAUGGAAGUGAUCGUAGGAGAAGAGGAUGCCGCUGCAGCAGCCGCAGCAGCCGCCGCACACGAACAGCAAAUCGAUGACAAUGAAAUCAAAACCUUCAUGCCAAUAGCGUGGGCAGCAGCUUACGGUAAUAAUUCUGAUGGAAUUGAAAACCGGAAUGGCACUGCAAGUGCCCUCUUGCACAUAGAUGAGUCUGCUGGGCUCGGCAGACUGGCUAAACAAAAACCAAAGAAAAGGAGAAGACCUGAUUCCAGGCAGUACCAAACAGCAAUAAUAAUUGGCCCUGAUGGACAUCCCUUGACUGUCUAUCCUUGCAUGAUUUGUGGGAAAAAGUUUAAGUCCAGAGGUUUUUUGAAAAGGCACAUGAAAAACCACCCUGAACACCUUGCCAAGAAGAAGUACCGCUGUACUGACUGUGAUUACACUACCAACAAGAAGAUAAGUUUACACAACCACCUGGAGAGCCACAAGCUGACCAGCAAGACAGAGAAGGCCAUCGAAUGCGAUGAAUGUGGGAAGCAUUUCUCUCAUGCUGGGGCUUUGUUUACUCACAAAAUGGUGCAUAAGGAAAAAGGAGCCAACAAAAUGUACAAGUGUAAAUUUUGUGAAUAUGAAACAGCUGAACAAGGGUUAUUGAACCGCCAUCUUUUGGCGGUCCACAGCAAGAACUUUCCUCAUAUCUGUGUGGAGUGCGGUAAAGGUUUUCGUCACCCCUCAGAGCUCAAAAAGCACAUGCGCAUCCAUACUGGGGAGAAGCCGUACCAAUGCCAGUACUGCGAAUACAGGUCUGCAGACUCUUCCAACUUGAAAACGCACGUAAAAACUAAGCAUAGUAAAGAGAUGCCAUUCAAGUGUGACAUUUGUCUUCUGACUUUCUCAGAUACCAAAGAGGUGCAGCAACAUGCUCUUAUUCACCAAGAGAGCAAAACACACCAGUGUUUGCAUUGCGACCACAAGAGUUCAAACUCCAGUGAUUUGAAACGACACAUAAUUUCAGUUCACACGAAAGACUACCCGCAUAAGUGUGACAUGUGUGAUAAAGGCUUCCAUAGGCCUUCAGAACUUAAGAAGCACGUGGCUGCCCACAAGGGUAAAAAAAUGCACCAGUGUAGACAUUGUGACUUUAAGAUUGCAGAUCCAUUCGUUCUGAGUCGCCAUAUUCUCUCGGUUCACACAAAAGAUCUUCCGUUUAGGUGCAAGAGAUGUAGAAAGGGAUUUAGGCAGCAGAAUGAGCUUAAAAAGCACAUGAAGACACACAGUGGCAGGAAGGUGUAUCAGUGUGAGUACUGUGAGUAUAGCACUACAGAUGCCUCAGGCUUUAAACGGCAUGUUAUUUCCAUUCAUACAAAAGACUACCCUCACCGUUGUGAGUACUGCAAGAAAGGGUUCCGGAGACCUUCGGAAAAGAACCAGCACAUAAUGCGGCAUCAUAAAGAAGUGGGCCUGCCCUAACAAUACUUCUACAGACGUUUGUGGAGAUGCAGGCCUUGGAGCAGAAAAUUCAUCUUAAAGCCAAUCAGUCUUGUUCACAUACAAUACUGUAUAUUGAUUUAUUCUGUGUACAAAUAGAGUAUUGCUUGUAGUUGACUUUUUUUUUUUUAACAUUUUGUUCAGUAGUGUGUUCUGAAUUCUAUUCAGUUUGUUUAAUUAAUGGGGAAAAGCAGCAACAAGCAAGUUGCUUUUAAUGAAGUAAUCCUUCUAUACUGAAAUUUUCUAUUAGUUUUAUAUUUAUUUAAAUAUUUACCUUGCUUAUUAUCUUAAUGGUACUCUUCUAAGACCAUUUAACAUAAAGCUAGGGUAACUUUAGAUUGAGUCAACAUGAUUACUUUCAGAGUAACUAUUCCCCCCCCUCCCCAUAAAUUUCUUACAAUAAAAUUGUCAGAGACAUCUAACAUAAAUGGGAGAUUUAACAGUCACGUCCAAUUAGGCUAACACGAAAGUCAUGUACUUGUCUUGCUUAAUCUUUUCAGACCACAUGACAAUGAAAGUUUCCAUUUGAGCUUUGCAUCCCUGGCAUUGCUGAGUAAAGAACAGUGGGUGGGUUUGUGCUUACUUUUCAUUUUGUUUAGUGGACAAAAUAUAUCUUUGGGGGGCUUUCUUUGGAGUAUUUACAUCUUCUGUCUGCAUAGCAAAGUCUUAGAAAACUUUAUUGACAAAUUUUGCUUGAUCCUGUUGUAUUUUGAUUAUUCUGUCUGUGCUGCUUUGUCUUGGAAUGGUUGUGUGCUACAAAUGAGACUUAUUGAGGACUGCAUUUUGGAAUCUCCUAGAGGUAAUUUGUGGCUCAUAGGAUCUUUUGCAACUUUAUAUAUGUAUAUGUACCCUGAACUAUGUAUAUGCACAUAUAUAUAUAAAACAUGUAUCUGUGUGUAUUGCUUAUUUUACAUAUUUAUACACACAACCCCAAGUAGUAGUUGUUUAAAAUCUAUAAUGAAAAGUAUUAAAUUUACAAUAACAUGAAAGAUGCAGGGAUGUAUGAGAGCAUUUUGUAAAGCAUGCUCUUCAGAGAGACUACUCAGGUGAAGAAUUAGAAGGAAAAUAAGGACACUCGUAUUUUUAAAGAGUAAAGGUAUUUUCUUUUAAAUAUCUUUGGUAAUUGAAAAAUAGAAGUUAAGAUGUUUCUAGAUAGAAUGUUUUCAUACACCUUCAGCUCCAUGCCUUUAUAUUUUUCUGAAAAGUUAACGAGUAUCCGGACAGACCUUCCUCAGUUCUCUCUGAGAAGCCCCCGAGGGAACUCUGUGUUACCAAGCGAGGGAGACUAAAGAAGCUAUGGCUUCGUGUAUCAGAGAUCGGGUGCUAAUUAUGAUUUAUACUUGGCAAGUUCAGCCUACUCUGUUAUUUCUUAGUUGUAGUUAGGAAACUUUCAAACACUUAACGCUCAAGUUGGCUUUGAUUAGAACAUAACAUUAAAGGUAUGUUUUAAGUGCAUGAGGAAAAUCUGAUGCCUUAUUUGGAAUAUCACCAUGUCUUUCACUGUUUUAUUUUUCUUUGAGUUGAUUUUUUUUAAACAAAUAGUUCAGACUCAGAUUUAUAAAUUCAUAAAAGCAACGCUAAAGUUAAUUAGAAUUUGGUUAUGUUAGAAUAAAUUUUAGAGAACAUAAGACAGUUUUGGGGGGGGGGGUUCCUUAAAUUGGCUGUCAGCACAUACGAGUACCUGGCACGUCAUGGGAGAUUUUGGACUUUUCUUCCCACUUGAUAGCUGCCUUGCCACUUCAUUAUGGUGCUCCAUCCUCUUUGUGCUUUUAGGUUUUUACCUUUCAUCUUUCUCUUUGCCGUUGAUCUGUAUUCAAGAGUUUAUAGGAUUAGAACUCUAAAUAUCGUGUGUUUGACAAGCCUCUGAAGUACUGGAUUUAUUUACUUCAGUUCUAAGUCAAGUACUUUUAAGCUGGUAUGAACUCCAACCUGAAUGCCAGUCGAAACCAAGGCAUGGGCCUGUCCCAGUGGGAGCUCCUGUGCCCUCUUGGCCUCUAUAACGUGCUUUUAAAAAAAAAGUAACUUAAAAUUGUGUGAUUCAUUGCCCUGCAGUACUAUUCUUGAAAGCUCUGUUUUUUUGAGAACCUUUAAAAUUUCCCUAAUUUUUAAUUUUUCCCAGAGAUAAUGUAAAACACUUAAAUGAAAGUGGAAAUUUAUUAAUUUUAAAACAUCAUAUAAAAUUAAUACAGAAAAUAUAAUUGGUCAUAUUUUUUUAAAUAAACUGAAAGAUAAAGAACACAGCAUUUUACACACUUUAUAUUUCUCUUACAUAGUCUGGAAUCAUACACAGUUCUUUUCUUUUUAAAGCACAAUAUUGAAACCUUUAAAAAGUAUUUAAGGGUUUGGUCAAGUGAAUAUGAUAAAAUGUAUUUGUCUGUAUAAAGAGAAAAUGAAAUUGUAGUCACUGUUAUGUACUGACAUUAGUUACAACCUAGUUUUACUUAAAACAAUUUUGAUUAGCAAAGCUAAAAAAAAUGGAUGUUUCAGUUAAAUGUUUUAAAGAGGUACAGAUUUUUACAAGGACAUAAUAUAAGUUAUUGUUCUGUAGAAAUAUCCUAUUAAAUAUUGUAUGUCCCUCCCUCUGUACACUUUGUAAAAAAAGUAAAAUACAUAAAAAGAAAAUCAUAUAGGGAUGUGUGACAUUAUUGUAAUUGUGUACUUGAGAAUAAUGUGCAAAAAUAAAAAUCAGAAUAUUUUCCUGUUACUGAAUGUUUAGUCUAUUUGAUACCAGUACUAAGUUAAUGCUUUUUCUUAAGAAAAAAAAAAAUGUACAGUUUUUGUAAACCUAAUAAACAUCAAAAGCAGUGGUUUAUUUUCAUUUCCCCAUUUCUUAAUUCCUUUUAUGCAGCAGUGGAAUUCAAAAUGCUUGAUUGCUUUGAAUUUUAUGACUUGAAUGCAAAUACUGAUAAUAUUUCAGCCCUGCGGAUUUGCAAGUAAUUCAGAGGAGUUAAGAGGUGAUUGGUGAGUCCUUUGAUGAGCAUGUCCUUGAAAUUUAUUUUUUUCUUUUAUCUUCAUAAAGGAUUUGUUUUAUUAGCAUCUCCAGUUACCUGGAGAUAAAUUUCCCUUGCAUAAAGUGGUUUUUGAGAGCACUUAAGUUCAUUUUAGUAUCAAUGCAUUGCACAUUGGGUCAGUGGGGGUUGUCCCCACCUCCACCACAGAAACCCUGCCCUAGAGUUUCCCCUUUGUGCCCAGUUGGAGGGUUCUAGACGACACAAAAUACUAGAGAAUGGUCAUUGCCAUAAUAAGAGAAGUUAGGUAAAAGUUAUCAGGACUUAAAAAAGAACAAGAUAGAUUUCAGUCAUUGACUUUUAAAGAUGAGAUCCUGCUGAUCUUCAACUAUGUAGGAAUAAGUAUUUGUCUAAUAGUUGAGACAGUAAAUAAUAAAAACUUGAGGUAAAGGAUCAAGAGGACAUGGUGAAUGUCACUGUCCAGAGCCAUAAAUUGGACAGAAAAUUGUAGCAUGCUGAGAAACUUGGUUGUAAUAAAAUACCUGACAGAUAACAUCAUACCAGUCUGUGAUCCCAGGCAGUGUAUUACUCUGUUCUCUGGGAAUCUUAGUAUUGACAAUUUCCUUGAGCUCCCACAAAUUCUAGAAUUCAUAUAAAGAAAGUCAUGACCAAACUCUAAAAGGGUUGCUGUUUCAGAGCAGUGAUUUUCAAGUGCUGCCAAAUUCUCAGCCCUACCCAAGACCCACUGAAUCAGAAAACUGGGUGUGGGACCCAGUGAUCUUGUGUCUUAACAUGUCCUCCAAGUAAUUCUGCUGCAUGCUCAAGUUUGGGAAAUGCUGUUAUAGAGCACUUGAGGAACUUCAAAGAUUAGAAACACACACAUACACACAAGCCAGAGAUAAGCAGUUAAAGGUGACAUGGGACUCAGUUUAUACCUUGGAUUUACCCCUUUUAAAGUGUGAGUCUGCUGGUCAGUGAGUAAAUCCUUUAGUCCACAUGUAAAUAGCCUGCACUUAAUCUUGUAUGGCUUCCCCUAAGUUACACUCCUCAAAGGUGGAUAAGAAUUCAGAGGAAGAGUCAGCAAGUAAAAGAGAGGGACUGGAAAGUGUGUAUGUGUUUAACUAAUUGGCCCAAUGUUACUUAAGUAAUUCAUAUCUGAAAACCCGUAUCUGUAGCUGUUUAGGUAAAGUAAAAAUUAACUUUGCCCAUUUGGGUUUUGUUUUGUCUUUUGUGUAUAUAUUGUUUGCCUUUUUCAUAAAUAAUUCUUGGAUUUGUUAUAUAUUGUUCCUGUUAUUUUUGACAUCUGCUAUUGUUGUAAAUAAAUUCCUAUUUUGUUUUAA